GCGUAAAGCCCGUUUAGUAUCAGAGAGGUACCAAUAUGGCGGAGGCUUCCUUGGGAAGUACAAGCCCAGUUGGCUCUUUGUCAUCAGAAGAUCACGACUUUGAUCCAACAGCAGACAUGUUGGUUCACGAUUAUGAUGAUGAGCAUACUCUGGAGGAAGAGGAGAUGAGGGAAGGAGAGUCGAACGGGAGUUCGGAGAUCGCAGAUCUGGAAAAGGAGGGGAACAUGCCAUUGGACGAGCUGUUGGCCUUGUAUAGGUAUGAGCCGUCAGUCAGCACGGUUGGAGGCUCGAGUGUGGACAGCUCUUCAGUGGAACUGACGGAUGACUUGCCCGAUAUGACUCUAGACAAAGAGGAGAUAGCUAAAGAUUUGCUGUCUGGAGAUGAUGAGGAAACUCAGUCCUCCGCUGACGACCUCACACCAUCAGUGACCUCGCACGAAACCACAGAUUUCUUCCCCAGAACUCUGCGCUCUAACACUAUUUAUGAUGGAGAUAAAGAGUCUGAGGGUGAGGAGGACGGUUUAAACGCUGAGGACUCUCGGAAGGAGAUCAUGGUUGGAUCUCAGUAUCAGGCUGAAAUUCCCUCCCUCACCUGCUAUGAUGAACAUGAGAAGGUGUAUGAGGAUGAAGAUCAGUUACUGUGGCAGCCGGACGUUUUACCAGAGUGGAAAGUGAAGGUUUUCUUGCAAGAGGCGACUCAGUCAGGAGCUGAUGGACACGGAGAAGGUCUUGUUAAAGACAAUGAACAGGUUCUGUAUGAGCUCGUUAAAUGCAACUACAAUGUCCAUGAAGCUCUCGAACGAUUUCGCAACAAUGAAAAAUCCUCAAAAGGCGAGAUGCUCCCGUGGUCUGAAGAAGAAUGCCGGAAUUUUGAACAUGCUCUUCUUUUAUACGAGAAGAACUUUCACCUCAUACAGAAGCACAAAGUGCACACAAGAACUGUGGCAGAAUGCGUCGCGUUUUACUACAUGUGGAAAAAGUCAGAACGGUUCGACUUCUUUGUCCAACAAAAUCGGUUUGGGAAAAAGAAGUACAGCAGCUACCCUGGAGUAACGGACCUGAUGGACCGGCUGGUGGAUGAAGCAGAAGGUCUGGUGGACGGCUCCGUCUCUGUUUGCUCCAGCAGCAGCGGCAGGAUAGAGCCCUCAGCCGACCAGCAGCUCAACAUCCUCAACUCCAUCACCGCCAGUGACCUCUCCGCACUAACCAGCAGCGUGGCGUCAGUGUGCAACUCGGGAGACGUGAGCUGCCUGGAUUCCUACAACUUCUCCUCGCUGGACGGCCUUCACCGCGGACCCCUGGGCCACGACGAGCCCCUCGGCUUCUCCGGGAACGGAGAAGGAGACUGCCUGAACCUGCUGGACUCUGGCUUCUAUCACUCGGACCUGGGGCAGCUGAACGUGUGCAGCGAGGACUGCGAGAGGCCGCCGGUCAAGAGGCUGAAGAUGGGCCUGUCGGAGCCCUUCCUGAACGAGGUGGCGGUGGACAGCCGCAGCAUGGGCGUCGACUUCGAGGGCCGCACGCACCACAUCACCAGCGCCAAAAUGGCCGUUUCCGUCACUGACUUCGGCGGCCUUUCUGCGGGAGAGGCCGGCAGCUACAUGGGCAGCCACACACUACAUCAGCACACGGCGCUGCAGUCCGAGUGACCUCCCUCCGCCCCCCACGUGACCUUUUGCAAUUACACCCGUGUACAUAGCCGCUCACUGGAAAUUCAACUUUCAAACUUUUGUUUUUGGGCCGUUUUUUUGUUUAUUAAUUAUGUACAUGUGUGUGUAAAUAUGUACAGAUUCCUUUUUUUACUCUGACAUCAGUGAUGUCUUAUUGUACAGACCUUAAUCUUGAGUUCUCAAGAGUUAAUAAUACAGCCAUUUAGUCCGGAAUAUUUUGGAACGUGUCGUGUAUCCUGUCCGAAUACUGUGGAAGCUGAACUCGUGGAGGACUUUCACUUCACAUCGAUAGUUCCCACAAGAGUCGCAGAAGCUAGUCUGUCGUCCCCCAUCCAUUUCCCUGCUUUUUACCAAUGAUGGGAUGUCCUGCCCGUGGUGCACCGACGGCACCUGCAGCGGUGACCUGUACCCACUCUCUGGCUCAAAUAUGAAGCUUUUAUGUGAAAAACUUAAUGGUGAAUUGAGGUGUUUUGUUUCCUAAAGGUGCAAGACUGGUUAACACCAGGGCAUCCAUCACUCUUCCACAUACAUUGUUCUGUAUGUGGUUCUAAUUUUUAAUGCAGUAAAUGCAUUAGACACCUCAAGAGUCAAGAAAAUAUUUAAAAUUAAGUUUAUAUAAAAAUAACAUUUAAGAAAAUAUACAAGUAUGCCCAUACCUGGCGCCCUGGGGUUAAUUAAAUUUUCGCGUUCUGUGGUAAAAAAAAAAAUGUUUAGAAUACUAUACAUUUUAUUCUAUAAACAUUUUUCAUCUAAAUAAUCUCUAGAUCUCUUAAUUAUAAGGUCUUUUAAGAGUCAAAAUAUUCAGAAUAAACAUAAAUGCUAAACGUAAGCUUAAGAAAAAAGAUGGUGAAGCAAAUUAUCCUAAACAUAUUCAUUUACCAAAUAAAGAUAGAGGUGAUUUUCUAAAAAAAAAAAAAAAAAAAACCUUACAUUUAGACCUAAAUAUGGGCAUACGCAACAUUUUACAGACUACAAACUGACAAAAAUCAGUGGUCUACAUAAAUACAUGGUCAUUUAAGCUUUACUGAAGCUGCAACAAAGAUAAAGAUAAAUAAAUGAUCAGCAUCAUUAAUUUCCCUCCUCAACCCCUCUAGAUAUUUCCCCUUCAGAUGGAAGGAAAACCCUGCGACGAAGUGUGUGAUAGACAUUGAAUUUUUUGUAUCUUGUUAUUUAUUUGUGCUCUUUCUAUGCUCCCUUUUGCAAGUCUCUUUGUAGUCACUGAAAAACUGGUGGUAUAUCGUUUUGUUGGGGGGUAUUUAUUGCUAUAAAAAGACCGUUGGACUGCACAUUGGUCACUACGGAGCAAACAAACCUUAGCUGUACUCUUAAGAUCCUCCUUUUUUGGAAAGGAGAAGAAUAUUUGUGAUGUUUUACUGGCUUUGUUGCAGUGUGUUCUGAGACCAGUUGUUCUGUUCCUUUGUUUUGUUCUUUAUGAGAGAAACACAUUUUACUUAAGUGCAGUGCAAGAGCUUUGCCACAAGGGGGCACUAUUGCAACAGUCCUCUAUCGCCCCCUUGAGUACGGAGUGUUUGAACCACCGACAUUAUACCAACUACAUUAUAACGUAUGCUGAAUUUUUACAGCAGGUCCGUAUAUUUGCAGAGCAUUGGCGUUUUUGCGUUUGCGUCUUCAGUAAAAUACGUUUCGACCCUUGAAGUUACUAUUUUGAGUUGAGCUAUAAUCGUUUGCAUGUGGCUAUCAUUUUAUUUAAUUUUUUUUCCCCUCAUAAGGAAAGAAACGAUUAUCUCCUCUAAACGAUUAACGCAUUAUAAUGCCAGUUCUACGUGUUUAGAGCUAUAUUCCCAUUGACUGACUGACCAACUGACCUCUUUCUGUGGCCCCCAAACCACCUUCCUGUUCUUUUCACUGCCAGGUUUUGUUUUAAGAUGUUGUUCGGAGGGUCUCUGCUAGUUUGUAGUUCUGAAAGACAGUUUAAGAGAGAUCCUCAAAGGAGAACAUACGCACUCGUACUCGCGUAUGUGUUUACGGUGAUGUCGAAUUAAAUUCUAUUCUAUCUAUGCAUUUAUUACAGUGAUUUCAACCUGAACGUGGUUAUUGAUGCUGACCGAUCGCACAUAUGAGUUAAAGCCCUUUUACACCAAGUAAUAUAUUUCUGGACAUUAAAAAUCUUUGUGUUCUGUAAAUGAAGUUCUAAAUGCCACAGUUCUCGUAUACAGUUCUUGAAAAAAUUAAGAAAGCACUUCAAUUUCUGAAUCAGUUUCUCUGAUUUUGCUAUUUAUAGGUUUAUGUUUGAGUAAAAUGAACAUUGUUGUUUUAUUCUAUAAACUACAGACAACAUUUCUCCCAAAUUCCAGAUAAAAAUAUUGUCAUUUAGAGCAUUUAUUUACAGAAAUGGCUGAAAUAACAAAAAAGUAUUAACAGUUCAGUAACUUAAUAUUUGGUGGAAUAACCCUGAUGGCUUUUAAUCAUCUUGGCAUCAUGUUCUCCUCCACCAGUCUUACACACUGCUUUUGGAUAACUUCAUGCUGCUUUACUCCUGGUGUAAAAAUUCAAGCAGUUCAGUUUGGUGGUUUGAUGGUUUGUGAUCAUCCAUCUUCCUCUUGUUUAUAUUCCAGAGGUUUUCAAUUUGGUAAAAUCAAAGAAACUCAUCAUUUUUAAGUGCUCUUAUUUUUUUUCCAGAGCUGUAUGACUAUGGUUAAAAUGUCAGUUUCGUACUUGGUGAGAAAAGUUUAUUAAACGACUUGCUGUAAAAGGGCUUUUACGCAAAUCUGUGAGAAGAGACCUGUCUAUGCGAGAGUUUUAUGGGAUUGGAUAAAUGCUAUUUGUGAUUUUUCCCCCCACCCCCACCCCCCUCUCUUCCACACCCCUGUUCCCGUUACCGACAUGAUCAAGUAUAUUUACCUCAGUAUGGCUUUCCUUCGUGAACUCUUUACGUACUCUCUCUCUCUCAUAUGGCAAUAAUUUGUAAAUAUGUACAGACACCAACAUAACCUUCCCACUUUCUCUCUUCCUUGGCAAACAGACUUGAACUUGAAAACUUUAAAAUCUGUGCUUUUGAGUCUGUAACUUAAGUAUUCCACAGAAAUGCCUUUACUUGCUUUAUUGUUUAGCUGAUUAUAUAAAUAUAUAUACAUACAUACAUAUAUAUAUUUUGUUUUUUUGUUUCUUGUUUUUAGUUUUUGCUUUACGAGAGAUUCGCUUAAGAAGAAGAAGAAGAGUUAUUUAUUUAUUUAUUCACUUUAAAGAAAAAACUGCAAGUGGGUGUAGUGUGUUCGAUGUUCAGUACAUGGCGCGCUAAGCUAGGCUAAGCUAAGCUGUCCUCCGCUGCUGGCCCAGGGCUUUUUGGGAGUUUCUGCGGCGACGCAGCUCCAGCUGAGCAUCCUGGUGCUCCCAUCUUCACAGAGGAAGCAGUGAAGUAGUUGAAUGUACAGUAUUAUUAUUAUUAUUAUUAAUAAUAUUACGUUUUAUUACGGGGUUUACGAAACUGAACUGAGCGCGUCGUCUGAGGGAACGAAUGUUUGCUGGUUAAGGCAUGACCCUCUCUGCAGUGUUGCCUUAACACUUGUUGCUUAUUCAGAAUAAAAAAAAAAAAGAAAAAUACAAAAAAAAAUAAGUUGCAUGUUUAAAAUCUACCUGAAAAAGAAACACAAAGACAACGGCCUCUUUGGGAGUGACAAAAUAACGGAAACAUCUCUCGUUCUGUUUUUGUAGCCCGAGAAAAAAGGUCUUUUAUUCCCGUUUUCCUUCUUUUUCUUUUCUUAUUCCGAGAAUUUAUAGAAGGCUGGUUAGAGAAAGUGACCUGAGGACGUUUCGCUCUCGCGCUGCGUAAAACCGUUUCCUGUUCCUGAGGCCAGAAAUUCUCCAUUCUGUUUCUGUUCGUUUUUUUGUUUUUCAUUACAUACUUGAAGGAUGUGUACUGAUACCAUUUUAUUUAAAUACACUUAAGAAAAAGAAACAAUAUUCUCAGAUUUUGAGUCGUGUAAUUUUGUGCAAUUCAUUUCUCCUGUCCCUCCAAGGAUCGAGCAGAGCUUUAGAAAAUUGUGUUGGUGAAGUAACUUAUUCAUGUCCAAAGUUUGUAUGAAAAGUACUAGCUUAAAAUUGUUGUAAAUGUAGUGAUGGUCAUUUGCUUCCACAGGCGAAAACGUUUUUAAAAAUGUAAAUUUGAAAACAAGAAAAAAAAAAGUUUUUCGGAAGAAUGCUUAAGUAAUUUUUUUUUUACAUUCGUUCACUUUUUUUGUGCUGGGGGAUAAAAGAAGAAAACAAAAAGCAUUACAGUCAGAAUAAAUAAUUUUCUUCAACACUUAUUUUGGUGUAAAGAAAUUCUAGUGUAAAAAUAGACAAUCAAAAGCAGUAAUUACUAUUCAAAAAGGAAAAUUUUAUCAUUCAUAAUGUUUGUACAUAGACACUGUUUCUGUUUUUUUUUAUUUUUAUUUUGUAUUUUAUGUUAUACUUAAAUAACUGGCAAACAGAUCCAGGAAUAAAGUUCUGGAAAUAUUA